AUGGCUACACCUUCAGCAAUCCCGUCCGACCCUCGCCGGGACUCAGUUGUGCGAAUCAACCGCACGACCCGCGGAGGCCGCCAUCUUUGGUAUCAGCUAUCGGUUCUGCAACAACCCGAACGUGCUCGAGCAUGCGGUGCUGGUAACAAGGCCAACAGUGACAGGCGCCCUGUUGACCCUCCGCCCGUUGUUGAACUGAGGAUUCGCCAUGGUGACUCCUGGGAACGGGGCAAGGACAUUACAUUUGACUACAAUGCCAGUUUCUUCCUAUACGCCAGUCUGGAGCAAUAUAGAAAGAUAUCUUCGGGGCGCAUGGGAACGCAGCAACCUCCCAUUUUGACCGGCGUGCCAGCUUCUGGUAUGGCCUACCUCGAUCGCCCAACCGCCGCCGGUUACUUCAUCUUCCCCGAUCUUUCCGUCCGUCACGAAGGCCAGUAUCGCCUCUCUUUCAGCCUUUUCGAGACGACCAAGGAGGAGAUCGAUUUUGAUAUGGAUCCUACCAACGGCGACCUGCCCCCCGGAGUUGAUUGGCGCAUGGAAAUCAAGACAAACCCUUUCGACGUGUUUAGUGCAAAGAAGUUCCCCGGCCUGAUGGAGAGCACGGCUUUGAGCAAGGAAGUCGCCGAUCAAGGAUGCCGCGUGCGAAUCCGCCGCGACGUGAGGAUGAGGAAGCGUGAAACGAAGCCAAGGGACCAUGAUCGUCGGGACGAUGACUACUCCCGGCGAAGGAACCCUACACCCGCCAACGAGGAUCCUCACAGCGCGCGGGCCCGUUCGAUGAGCAAUUCGAGUGACCAGCAACACGGUCCAUAUGGUCCCGAUCGACCUCGAAGACCGUCGGCAAUUGAUGCCGCCUAUCCCCAACCUAUCCAGCCAGCGUAUGAAGCACCGCCUAAUCGCCAUCUCUCCUUCGGUGGUGACAGCGGCGCCCCUCAGUAUGCUGUGCCUCCUCGUGGAUAUUCUCACCAUCAACCACCGCCGUUGGCGCCGAUAUCUCCAAGCGGACCUUACACACCCAGCUCUCAAUAUGCAAAGCCAGAUUCCCAGCCUCCAAGCCGAAAUGGACCACCAACUUGUCAAUCUCCUGGAGUUGGACACGGCAGCCAUGAUCGCCGACUCUCUGGCAACUACAUUCCACCAUCCCCGUCGGUAUACUCAUCGGAAGGUCAUGUUCGCCAUGACUCUCAACACUCCUCAUAUCCUCCUACGCCUGUCUCCCGCCAUCCACCCAGCGCUAUGUUUGGUCCACAAUCUCAUCCUCAAGCUCCUCAGACCCAACCAGCUGCACGGCCAUCCUCAGGUUCCAUCAAGAUUGCGCAUUUAUUAUCGGGUGAGGCUUCAUCCUCAUCUGAACCUCCUAUCCAACCGCGACGGGUUGAGUCAGUUCCACAACUGCGCCACAUUGAGCCAGCUCCUCAAACACGCCACCAUGCAACCGCUCCUAUUAAGCCUGUUUUCCAGCCGCGGCGUGAGCCUGGUCUGCGCCCACUCUUGCCCUCAUUGGCACCAGGCGAGACGAUGCCGCCACUUCGAAGUGAUUCUGCUUUGCCUCCAAUUGCGCCAGACCACAACCACUACACACGUUCAUCUCUGAUAGGUGAGAAACGGAAACGUGACGAAGUCUUUAAUGAAAGCGCUCAACCGCUACACAAUAGAGAGCGACCAAGUGAUCAUCGCGGCUUGCAUGAUGACCUGCCAAAGGACACACGUGAACAAGGAUUUUACUGGAGGGCUGAUGGCAGUGUGGGCGAGGCGAGAUUCAAGCCAUAUGCGCUGGAACCUGCUUGGCGUCCAUAA